GGUACACCAAAUUCCUCCUAGGAAUGACAGUUUGAAAUAAGGGGGUAAAAAAAGAAGUAUAGAACAUAAUAGUACCAUGGACGUAGUAAUGGGCCACAAAUCCAAGCCUCGGGCAACGGCUUCAUGUCACCCAUGCCGAAACCGCAAAGUGAAGUGUAACCGCCUGUCACCCUGUGAAGCCUGCAUUACGCGGGGGAUCCAAGAGGAAUGCAAAUACAGUGCCCCAAAUGAAGAUCGAGAGGCGAUCGCGCAAGCGGAAAUGAUUACCGAACUCAGGGGCAAGGUGAAUCGUCUACAGGAGCAGAUGGCACAACGUGUGGCGUAUCGGUCGUCGUUCAACGACCUCGAAGAGGAAGAGGAGACCGCCGCUAUGGAAAUCGUGUACUCCGCUCUGAGGUUGGGAUCGGAGGAUCUAGUUUGGAGAAUCGUGGGGAGGAUCCGGGAUGGCGAGGACUUACGGGAGCUGGCCAGGGAUGUGGCGCGCGAUAUAGGGAUUGAAGAUGAUUGCUCUGUAUGACUCUAAAGUUGACACCGUCAGAUAACUUAUGCACAUGCGUAAGUCUAAUAUGUUCAGAUCCCGUGGAAUAUUAACAUUGCAUUCCUCGUAUAGGAAGCAAUACCUUACCAUAGAA